GCCCUGCAAGCGGUCGGCUCCGGGAGCUUCGGGGCGGUCUUCCUGGCGAGGGACCGCGAGACCAACGACAGGGUGGCGCUCAAGCGCCUCCUGCUCCACGAUGGCGAGGGCGGUGUGCCCGCGGGCGUCAUGCGCGAGGUGUCGCUGCUGCGCUCUAUUGUCCACCCGAACAUCGUGCGGCUCAAGGACCUUCAGAUCGUCGGCCCGAACGGGUUCGAGCUGAUCUUCGAGUACAUCCAGGACGACCUGCACAAGAUUUGGAAGGGCUACCGGAGGGAGGGCAUCAAGCUGCCCAUGGAGAAAGUCGUGCAGUAUUCACAAGAUCUCCUCAACGGAAUCCACGCGUGCCACAUGCGCUUGGUGAUCCAUCGUGACCUGAAACCGCAGAACCUCCUCAUCCAUCCCAAGGACGGCCUCAAGAUCUGCGACUUUGGCCUGGCCCGCAUCUCCUCGCCCACGGUCAACACCCGAGAGGUCGUCACCCUGUGGUAUCGCGGCCCAGAGUUGCUGCUGGGGCAUCCCACUUACGACCUGCCGGUGGACAUCUGGUCUGCGGGGUGCAUCCUCACCGAGAUGGCCACUGGCUGCCCGACAUUCCCCGGGGACUCCGAGGUUGGCACGCUCUUCAAGAUCAUGCAGCUGCUGGGCUCCCCCACGGAGGCUACCUGGCCAGGCUUCGAGCACAGCCUCUCGAACUGGAGCCCCCGGUACCCGAGCUGGCCGCCCACGCGCCUCGAGGCGAUCCGCAGCCAGCGCCCGGAGCUCGGCGAUGCCGGCAUGGACCUGGCCCGCUCCCUGCUGGCCAUGGACCCCGCAGCCCGGCCCACCUCCCGGAGGGCCAGGGCCUGCGCCUUCCUCGCGCGGCCCAGCCCCGGCCCGCCGGGGGACGGCCCGCCCUGCUGA